AUGUCCUUAGCAUCGUGCAGCUCUGUCCUCUUCCUUGUCCAAAAAGUCACUGCCAUCAGCGGGAACAAAGUCAACGUCACAGAUACUGUAGGCUUUGUUCAAGAAGAUAAUGAGCGAGAUACGAUUUCUCUGCUUAUCAGCUGUUUUGCCACGCUUGGGCUGUGUGUUUACUCAGCCGUUCACCUAAACAUACCACGCAAAGGCGAAAGCAACUAUCGAGUGCUACUGAGGGAAUUGCAAUGGUGUGUCUUCGGCCUAUUUGCACCUGAGUUGAUACUAUACACCGCCUGGAGACAGCUGGCUUCUGCAAGACAGCUAUGUGUUGAGAUAGCAAAUGUAACAAACAGUACCGACCGACAUUCAACGUUGUUCAACGAUCUGACGCGCCUCACCUUAACGGCGAAAGGUGUCGCACUACUCACCAAGUGCGGAAAUGUUGUAGAGAUAUCACUCGACGAGAUCAAAGACAAGAAGAAAGCAGACGGUCUUGCAAAACUCCUUGUGUGCAUCCAAGCAGGAUGGAUGAUCGUCCAAGUUAUCAGUCGCACUGCCAUCGGACUGCCAACCACCUUGCUCGAAGUACACGUCGUCGCCCAUGUUGUUUGUGCGCUCGUCAUGUACAUCUUAUGGUGGCACAAACCUCGUCAAGUAACCUCCCCAACCAUCUUAAAGGGAGACUGGAUGCCUUUGAUCGCCUACAUGUACAUGGCAAGCCGAAUGAGUGGGAAGCAACCACAAAGCAAGCUCGCUUUCUUCAGAUCAGCCACUCCCGAACUGGCAAAGCUGGCUUGCGUUGAAAACGAAAAUGUAUCAACCGGUACGUGUGGCGACAGGCGAAGUUUGAAUACAACCCGCCUCUCUACUGCUAGUAGAUUGCGGCCACGGCUCGAUAUCCGGAUUGCGAACCAAGAAGCCCAAGCAGCAUCAUGCAACUCUCCGAUAGAAGCUACGUCUGAGCUGCAAAGGCUUGCAGAAGAAGCUAUUCAGCUAUAUCCAGUUCUUCAAGACCAUUUUCACCCAGUAUCCGAGAGCGAAUGCGCAAAGCCUACAUACAAAGUGUCUAAAGUAACAGAACUGGUACAACCAUACGCCAUCGACUGGCCCAACGAUGGUUUACUCCGACGCACCCAAUCCCUCGUCAUGGGAAUGGUACUUUGGGGUGCGUCGAUGGCAUACGGCGGCAUACACGUAGCGGCGUGGAAUUAUUUCUUCCCCACUCCACUGGAGCAACUGUUUUGGCGCAUGAGCUCGGUAUGGGUAACAUUCUGUGCCGCUUUUUGGCUGGUGACCAAUCUCUUAGCCCAUGUUUUCCCUCUCAUAGACAGGAUCUGGAACGCCUACAACCAGCGGACAUUGAGCAUUCUUAGUACGGUGUUCAUUACGACUCUCUGUGUUUUGUGUGGUGUGAGUUAUAUUGUCAGCAGGGCAUAUAUAGUGAUAGAGGCUUUUGUGAGUAUAAUGGAAGUGCCACGAGGCGUGUAUAAGACACCGACGUGGUCACAGGUCUUUCCUCAUUUGUAA